UUCUCAGGGCGGCGGCGGCGGCGGCGGUGGCUCCGGGCGCCGGGGCCUUUUGUUUGGAGCAGCUGCGGGGGGGCCCCGGAGCGAAUAGACCGGCGGCCUUCCCCAGCUCGCUUGGUCCCGGUCGCCACUCGCUGGGGCGAGAGGCUGUACCCCGGGUCGGGCGUCGCCGCCCCCUCCCCGGCAGGCCCCUCCUGACCUGAGGGAACGAACCAGCCGGGCCUGUACACGCGGCCCUGCCACCUCCGGAGCCGCCGCUACUGCCUGCCGCUCACAGUACCCGAAGCUGAGCCUCGCCUCUCCGCCGGACACCAUGAAGAUCAAAGAUGCCAAGAAACCUUCUUUCCCAUGGUUUGGCAUGGAUAUUGGAGGAACUCUGGUAAAGCUCUCAUAUUUUGAACCAAUUGAUAUCACAGCAGAGGAAGAACAAGAAGAAGUUGAGAGUUUAAAAAGUAUCCGGAAAUACCUGACUUCUAAUGUAGCAUAUGGGUCCACUGGCAUUCGAGAUGUGCACUUGGAACUAAAGGACUUAACACUUUUUGGGCGAAGAGGGAACUUGCACUUUAUCAGAUUUCCAACCCAGGACCUGCCUACUUUUAUACAAAUGGGAAGAAAUAAAAACUUCUCAACAUUACACACGGUGCUAUGUGCUACUGGAGGUGGUGCUUACAAGUUUGAAAAAGAUUUUCGCACAAUUGGAAACCUUCACCUUCACAAACUGGAUGAACUUGACUGCCUUGUAAAGGGCUUGCUGUAUAUAGAUUCUGUCAGUUUCAAUGGACAAGCAGAGUGCUAUUAUUUUGCUAAUGCCUCAGAACCUGAGCGAUGCCAAAAGAUGCCUUUUAACUUGGAUGAUCCUUACCCAUUACUGGUAGUGAACAUUGGUUCAGGAGUCAGUAUUUUAGCAGUACAUUCCAAGGACAACUAUAAACGAGUAUCUGGAACAAGCCUUGGAGGAGGCACCUUCGUAGGUUUAUGUAGCUUACUGACUGGCUGUGAAAGUUUUGAAGAGGCUAUUGAAAUGGCAUCCAAAGGUGACAGCACCCAAGCAGAUAAGCUGGUCCGUGAUAUUUAUGGAGGAGAUUAUGAAAGAUUUGGUCUCCCAGGUUGGGCUGUAGCAUCUAGUUUUGGGAAUAUGAUUUACAAAGAAAAACGAGAAUCUGUUAGUAAAGAAGAUCUGGCAAGAGCAACUUUAGUAACUAUCACCAAUAACAUUGGUUCUGUGGCACGGAUGUGUGCUGUUAAUGAGAAAAUAAACAGAAUUGUCUUUGUUGGAAACUUUUUACGUGUCAAUACGCUCUCAAUGAAACUUUUAGCAUAUGCACUGGAUUAUUGGUCAAAAGGUCAACUGAAAGCUUUGUUCCUAGAACAUGAGGGAUACUUUGGAGCAGUUGGUGCACUUCUUGGGCUGCCAAAUUUCAGCUAG